AUGUCCUCCCCAAGACUGGAGUCAGAACCAAAUCCCGUGUUCAUCGACCACCGAAACCACGAUGAUCUCGCCCACCUCCAGGCGUCUCCCGCGCGUGCCAGGCGCCGAAGCUCACACAAGAACGAGGCCCGCAACCGUCACUUUUCCAGGUCCCAUCUGGGUGCCGGUUCCAGUCACCAUGCCAGUCUUCCACUCACAAACCGAAACCUUCAACAGCUUCUAGCUUCCACCCCCGAGGAGCCCGAGAACGGAGCGCGUAGUGGUGGCGAAACCGGAGCUGUUUCGCUUGAUAUGGACCAAUACCAACGCCAGCAGGCCGACUGGGCCAUCGAAAGCGGAUGGAACGAUCCGUUUGGCGACAACCGGUCGAUCAAUUCGUUGGAGUUCGGCGCCUCCAACCCGUCGUCGGACCAUUCGAGCGACUCGACGUCGCUAGACGACGUUUGCUUUCCGGAUUACUACGACCAGGACGACGGAAAAUCGACAAAACAAGCAUGGCCGGAUCUCGACGUGCUCGAGGAGUUUGUGGAGCAGGAGGUGGCCAGCUUGGCCGCAGACCACGACACGGAGCCGCAAAACGUCAAUUUCCGCAGCCCGGUGGCCCGAAGGGUGGACAAAAGCCAACUUUCGCCGAGAAAUGAUAGCAACUUUUCCAGAAACGACAAUGCUUCGCCCAGAAACGGCGCAAUUUCCCCCGGUACAGUUUCCCCCGGCGUAACCUCACCGGGCGACGAGAACACGCCGCUUUUGGCAACUCAUGUCAACGAAAUCGAGUCGUUAGAGCUGCUAAACGACUCGUUCCGGGUCCGCCCCACGCCGAUCCAGCCGUGGGAAAAAUCCAAAGAGAAAAUACCCACGAUUUGGAAUCCCGCAGACCAUGGUCCAAAGAACCGCCGUGACAAACUUUGUAGAUUCACGUAUUUUCGUGAAGAUCUUGAUUCCACCAUCCACUCACCCACUCUCAGUGGCCUUGUUGGCGCCAACUCGAGACCAUCGCAGAAGGCUUCUAAAUUGACCAAAAAGUGGAGAAGUGUUGACGAAGAUGCGGCACCAAUGAAAGAACUGCUGCUCACCAUCCAGGACUUGUUUGCUCCGUUUCGAGCCGAACGCACUUCAGCGGCUCCUUCAAUUGCAGGAGGUUCUAGCCAACAGGGAACUCAUCCGCCGUCGGUUCUGGGAGAAAAUUUGAUGGCUAAUCAGGUACGGAUGACUCCAUCCACUCAAAAAUUGUCAGCUCAACCCAGCAUUCUUGACAACGACGUUACACCAUACUGGCUCGAUGUGCUCGAUCCUACAGAAGAGGAAAUGAAGGUUCUUUCCAAGACUUUUGGUAUCCAUCCUUUGACGACCGAAGAUAUCUUUCUUGGCGAAGCUCGCGAAAAAGUAGAGCUUUUCAAGCAGUACUACUUUGUAUGUUUUACGUCGUUUGACAUUGUGUACGAGCGGCGCCAGCAGCGGAAAAAGGAGCAGGAGAAGAAACUCAACAAGCUUCAGGAACUUGAAAGCGAGAACCAAGACGGCUUGUGGAAGCGGAUGAGACGGUUUUUCCGGUCUCAGGAUCGUCGCUAUUCUCACGCUCACCCAACCACUCAAACCACCAGUCAUCGUUCCAAGUCCAAACGCAUCCGUGAAGGUGAACUCCAACCGCUUAACAUGUACAUGAUUGUUUUCCGUGAAGCUGUGAUCACUUUCCAUUUCUCGCCCACUCCGCACCCUAUCAAUGUGAGACGGCGUGCUCGACUUCUUCGAGAUUUCCUCACCGUUUCGUCAGACUGGAUCUGUUAUGCGUUGAUCGACGAUAUCACCGACUCGUUUGCACCGAUGAUAGAAAGCAUAGAAACCGAGGUCAAUUCGAUCGAAGACGCUAUUUUGAAAAUGCACUCGGGUGACACAGAUACCGACGACAGCGAUCUGGACGAUGAUGACGAAGAAAAUCGUCAUUUUCAGGAACAACCGCAGAGACAGCAUCAUAAAGAUAAUAAUAUUUUCUACCGUCGAACUCGGUCCAAAUCUGUGGUUGAAGCACAGGGAAAUGUGGGCAUGUUCAAUAAGGGACGAGCACCUCAACUGGGGUCUUCGAGCAGAUCCAAGAGUCUGUCUUCCAGUUCAAAAUCUACAGCUUCCAAGAUCAUUGGAUGGAAGAGAAAGGGAGAUAUGUUGAGACGAAUUGGAGAGUGUCGGAAAAGAGUAAUGUCUGUGCUUCGUUUGUUAGGACUGAAGGCAGACGUUAUCAAGGGUUUCAACAAGAGAUUGAACGAUCAAAGUGAAACUUCGUUGGCUGGCCGAAGCGAACUUUCGUUGUACCUUGGAGACAUUCUGGACCAUAUAGUAACCAUGGUGCAAUCAUUGAAUCAUUAUGAAAAGCUUUUGGCUCGAUUCCAUUCGAAUUAUCUUGCACAAAUCAAUAUCGAUAUGACAAAAGUCAAUAAUGAUACCAAUGAUGUGUUGGGAAAGAUAACCAUUUUGGGUACAAUAGUAUUGCCAAUUAAUGUGGUCACUGGACUUUGGGGUAUGAAUUGUCUUGUUCCAGGACAAGAUUACGAUGGUUUAUUAUGGUUUUGGUCGAUUAUUGGAGGAAUGGUGAUAUUCAGUCUUUGCGCUUAUCAAUACGCAAAAAGAGUUACUGGGUUAUAG